AUGGAACUCAACCGAGAACAUUUUCGCGCCAUAAUUUAUUACAACUUUCAGAGACAAUUAUCGCAACAAGAAUGCCUUGCUGAGUUACUGUCUGUUUUCGGCAACCAAGCGCCACAUCAGUCGACAAUUUCCCGUUGGUAUGAAGAAUUCAAACGUGGACGGGUGAGUCUUAGCGACGAUUCCAGAGCGGGUGCACCAAAAACGUCAGUCACUCAGGAAAACGUCGAUGCUAUGCGCAAACUCAUCAUUGAAGAUAGACAUGUGACAUAUCGCGAGAUUGAGGCGUCCUUGAAGAUCUCAAAGACCUCAAUUCAAAAAAAUUUACAUGAAGAAUUAGGAGUGAGAAAAUUAGUUUCUCGUUGGAUACCCUACCUGUUGACUGAAGAGCAGAAACCAGCCAGGUCGACUGUUUGGGUGUUCCAAGGUGAAGAAAAGCCGACAAAAGUCAUCCGUUCUCGAAGUGUUUCGGAAAAGAUGGUCGCGACAUUUGUGUCAAAAGCGGGUCAUAUUGCAACAAUUCUUCUUAAUGAGCAAAGAACUGUUACUGCGGAUUGGCAUACCACCCUUUGUUUGGCAAAAGUCAUCACCGAGCUUCGCAAAAUCAACCCCGAAAGAAGAAUCAUCCUCCACCAAGACAAUGCAAGUUCGCACACAGCCCAAAGAACAAGGCAGUAUUUAACGGAAGAAAACCUGGAAUUAUUGGACCAUCCUCCAUAUAGUCCCGAUCUAAGUCCUAACGAUUUCUUUACUUUCCCGAAAAUUAAAAACAGACUGCCAAACGAGUGGAAUAAGUGCUUCGAAAAUUGCAUGCAGAUGUGUAUUAGUCUUCGUGGAGAAUACUUCGAAAAACAAUAA